AUGUUAGAGAACUGUAGGAACCUGGUCUCCUUGGUUCUCAUUGUCUCUAAGCCGGAACUGGUCAUCUUUCUGGAGCAAAAGAAGGGUCCCUGGGAUGUGAAGAGAAAGGAGACAGCAGCCAUACACCCAGCUCUGUCUUCUCAUGACACCCAGGGUUUGUUGCCAAAAAAGCCAGGCAUAGAUGCUUUGUUCAAAAAAGUGCUACUGGGAAAGUAUCGAAGCUGUGGCCUUGGGAAUUUAUACUUAAUGAAAGACUGA